AUGACUAUCGAGCUUUAUUCCACAAACUACUUCUUGGCUUGUACACUUGGCGGCAUACUUGCUUGCGGGCCAACUCAUUCGUUUGUGACUCCCUUAGACUUGGUCAAGUGUCGUAACCAAGUAAAACCUGGCUUGUACAAGAGUGUAUUUGAUGGUUGGAAAACGAUUGCCAAGAAUGAAGGCAUCGGUGGUGUAUUCACCGGCGUGGGCCCUACUGCCAUUGGUUAUUCACUCCAAGGCGCCGGUAAAUACGGUCUUUAUGAAGUUUUCAAGUAUAGAUAUGCAAAUCUUGUUGGAGAAGAAAAUGCUCACAAAUAUCGUACUCUGUUAUACCUUGGCGCUUCCGCCUCUGCUGAAUUCUUUGCUGAUAUUCUUUUAUGUCCUAUGGAAGCACUAAAAGUAAAGAUGCAAACAACCGUUCCACCCUUUGCGAAAACAACAGGGGAAGGAUUUAAAAAGAUCAUAAGUACUGAGGGAUAUCUUGGGUUCUACAAGGGUAUUGUCCCUCUUUGGUGUCGUCAGGUACCUUAUACUAUGGUUAAAUUUGCAUCCUUUGAAAGGACUGUCGAGUUCCUUUAUAAAACGUUCUUACCCAAGCCCAAGUCAGAAUACAACAAGCUUCAGCAGCUUGGUGUUAGUUUUUCAGGUGGCUAUAUCGCUGGUGUCUUUUGUGCCCUAGUGUCGCAUCCAGCCGAUGUGCUCGUAUCCAAGUUGAAUAAUCUCCCCAAGACUGAAGCAGGACAAAAGCAAGUCACUGCCAUGGACGUUGCUAAACAGUUAGGCUGGAAGGGACUAUGGACAGGAUUAGGUCCUCGUAUAGUAAUGAUUGGUACAUUAACAGGCUUGCAAUGGUUGUUCUAUGAUACAUUCAAGGUCUAUGUCGGUCUUCCGACGACAGGCGGAGGAGAAGAACAAAAGAAGGAAAAAUAA